CAUUGAAGUCAACCUUCAGACUCAGUUCCUUAGCCCACCUUUCUACCCAGGAAUUUACUUCGCGAUCUUCGUCCUCUCUCUACUUCUGCAUGUCGUCUUUUGAGGACCUCCCGCCGGAACUUCAACGCCAUGUGGCGGAGUCGUGCAAUCAGGCUACGUUACUUUCUUUCGCGACCGCCUCUAAAGCCCUCUAUCAACUUAUCAUCCCCAUCAUAUACCGAGUCGUCGAGCUUAGUUCACACAACGGUUCUGAUAUCCAUCUAAUAGCAGAGUCAUUUAAGGUCCCACCAGAUUGGGCUAGAAGACGUGAUAACCCCAUCGAUGAAAUUGUGUAUGACAAGCAACGAGCGUUCAUUAGAACCCUGCGGUCGCAUCCGUCGCUAGGCAAACAUGUUAGAACUCUCCGCUGGACGACCGUUGAUUAUUCGAAACACGUUUUUGAGGACGAGAUUACACCGCUCUGGAAUAAAUAUGAGAAAGGUAUAAUUUCGCGAAGAAAACUAAGGAUGUCCUUGGAAGAGUACGACUUCAACGACUGCACUUCCUAUCUCUGGGAUACAUUCGCCACGUUCACGCACGUCCAAGAAGUCGACAUUGCAUUCAUAAAUGAUCAGAGGGAGGCUAGCCCGCCUCCUCCGCUCUUUCAACAAGCAAAAUGUUUGCGGCUAUCGGGAAUGGCUUCAUCGUUCCUCAUUAGGUCAAUGCUCAAAUCCGUUAACCCUAGAUCGCUCUACCACCUGCAUCUUAACAACCUUAACCAAUUUGCAGAGCUUGAAGAUGUACAAGAAGAACUAACUCUCCGUGAGAAGGGGAAGCUAAGACCUUUCCCCCAGCUGGCGGGUACUGCAGGUCCUAUGCGUACACAUCUUCUAAAAUGUUCCAGCAAAUGGUGUAACCUCCAAAGCCUAAUAAUUGAUACGGUUGGUCUUACUGGGCCGCAGCCAGAUAGGGCUGAUGAAACUACCAUUAAUGCUUUGGAAGUUGAACAGACGCGCUACCGGGAGCUUGGCGUACUCAUCAAGUCCGUGGCGAAGACUCUAAAGGCCUUUCGCUUCCAACAAGGGCCAACUACAGACAAUUACAGAAAUGGCUGGCGUCGCCCGCGGCGUGCACCAAUAUGCUCAUCACUUAGACCACCCCGGGAUGGCUUGCGCCCUAUGGACGCCCUCUUCCACCAGCAUAUCCUGAGCGCCAUCUUAGAGAGCACUUGGCCUCAGUUGGAAAAGAUGGAGCUCUUCGGGGUGGCUUCAAAUACGACUUACCCGAACCGAGCAGCGCCAUGGAUAAACCGUCCGCUGUCUGAUGAGAUAUUUUCGCGGAUAAGGACAGCGGUUGGGCCUAAUCCGGUGCUUGAUAUACGAACAGAUGCCACGAGGCUCUUCUGGCUUGUAAACGGCAGUGAGGGGCCAGGCGUGCCCGAGGUCGACUCAGGCGAGUCGACCGAGGAUGAAGAAGAAAGCGAAAACGGCCUUGAAGAGUAAAAGUAAGAAAUGUAGGUACCUACUAGGUACCUAGGUUUCCUAUAAUUAACAAGUGAAAAUACCGGUAAUAAGUUAGGAGAUAUCUCCGUGGCACAGUAGGUACCUACCUAGGUAACGUGAACACUCCCGGCAAAUCAAAGUCAAGCUUUAAUGGGUGCUAAUGGUGUAUGUUACCUACGAAG